CCAGGUUCCUCUUUGCUUCGCCCUUUAACCUAGGCAGAUUGUCUACCUCUCAGCUCCAUCCACCCUCGUCAUCCAACCCUGCCUCGCCGCCUCGUCUCGCCUUGCCUCACGUCGCCUUGGGCCGGACCACCACCAGCUUAUCCAACCACUCGUCCAUCGCCCAACAUCACUCGCCCCCUUGACGCCGGCAACCCGACGCUACCGCGCAGCGACCUGCCAACCUCGCCAGCUUCGCUCCUCUGCUCAUCCGCAUCUGCAUCCGCAUUCGAUUCCAUCACCCCCAUGACUCGGCUGCCUUCAGUCUGAGCCUCGCAGUCGGCACGAUGGCCGUCACGGACGAUAGAAUCUAUCAUCCAACUGAGGCCCUCAUCCUCCGCAAACCCAAGCGACACUACCGCGUCGGCCUGCGCGUCGAACACUGGCAACUGCGCUCCCAGAUCGGCCUGUCCUCGCCGCGCUACAUCUACUACCCCGGCGGCACUGAGAACAACCAGAUUCAUCGCCUCGACACCGCAUCCCAUGAAAGCGAAACCAUCAAGAUCCUCACCUUCGCGCCCCGAUGUCUCGUGGCCAAGCACGGUUGGAUAUGCGCCGGCGGUGAGAGCGGCGAGUUCGUCUCCGUACAGGUCGACGACGAGGGCCAAGCCGGCGAACUGGGCCGCAGCGUCGAGACGGACCUGUUCUCGAGAUACCGUCGAUCACCGGCUAGUGGCGCCAACACCGACCAAGACCGUUGGAUCGAGGUUUUCCGCGAUCAGAUCCGUGCCGCCUCACCGGACGAGGGGCUGCGCCUAGGCAUCAACCCGGCCUCUAACAACGACAGCGACGACUCCGUGCCGCCCCUGAUCCCCACCAGCCCCCGAACCCAGCCUUCUUCCGACAAGAGCCUGCAUGCUCGAUCCAAGACAUUUGGCAGGGACCGGGUGAACUGCAUCACGCUGUGGACUCCCCAGGUCUCCAAGGUUGGGUUCUUCGAGGGCGCGUACUCCACGCCAGUGGCAGUACUUGCAAAUAACGACAAGCACGUCACGGUUGUCGGCUUACGGGACCAGGAUGCGAUCGACGAGCUGACCUACCCAGACUGUGUCAACCGCGCCUUGAUCUCACCAGACGGCCGCUUGCUUGCGGCUGUUUGCGACGACCCUUACCUAUACGUGCACGAGAGGGUGGCCCGGCAGAAUGUCUGCCCUGGCCUGUUCACGCACAAGGAGGAUUUCGAGUGGAAGUUGUGCGCAAAGAUACCGCUCAAGAGCCAGCGGAAAGAGGAUCGCUCGGAUCAGCGGGGCAGCUUUGCCGCCUGCUUCUCCAACACCGGACGAUUCCUUGCUGUCGGAACCCAGUACGGCGUGAUCUCCGUAUUUGACACGGCUUCCUUUACCGAGCCGGGAAGCGACCCGCUCAUUACUGCUUUCACGUCGUCAAGAGCAAAGGAUGACGUGGGUGCCGUCCGGGAUAUGGCGUUCUCGCCGGGGCCGUUCGACUUGCUGGCAUGGACAGAGCACCGCGGUCGCGUCGGUGUUGCGGACAUUCGAACCAACUACAUUUCGAGGCAGAUGUUGAAUUUGAACGACCACGAGGGCUUCGAGGAGAUCAUGAUCACAGAAAGGGGCUCGAUCGAUCCGCGACUACUGGAACGCAACAGCAGCGGAGAGCUCAGCUACUCGAGCCUCGCGACUGCAGAGAACCGGCGAGCAGCAGCACGACGUCAAGCUACUGACUACCACCCGCCGCUGACCCCCGAGGAGACCAUGGUUAUAGAAGCGCUUCAGGAGCACCGCAGGCGCAGGGAGCAGCAGGCUGCGGCUCGGAACAACCCCACAUCCGGCACCAACAUGUCGAGGUUGAUGGAACGUCUGCACAACAACCGGCAACAACGCGAGAAUGCCACCGCAUUGGCACUAAACGACACCAGCUCUAGACUCCGUUCCGAGGCAAGUAACUCCCGCCGAGUAGGCGACAUCUUGAGCGACAUCCAAAGCCAGCGCGACCGUCUCCGGGACCAGUCUGACCGUCUCCGCGAGCAGUCAGAACGCGUGCGCGCGCGCCGCCUGGCCGUGGACGAGGCCGAGAGGCACCGGCUGUCGGGCGGCUCGAUCAGGGCGCUGCGCGCGCCCCUCGUGCUCCCCGGCAGCAGCGAGUCGCCGCGCCAGGUCUACAUCAACAACUCGUACACGGACCUCGAGGCCCUGUACCAGUCCGCGUUUGAGGGCGGCGGGGCGUCGUCCGGCGACGGGCCGUACGAGCCGGGCGCCGGCGAGUCGACCGGCAACAGGACCCGGGACUACCUCUCGGUGUGGAGCAACAUGCUGAGGGACCGGGACGGCGAGGCCGAGCCCACCGUCACGCGGCUCGGGCGCGCCCGCCUCGACCGCCUGGCGGCCAUAUCCGGUGGCCGGAUCGACCGCGAGGACGACGACACUGCCGGACUGGCCUGGAGCGAGGACGGUCGCAUGUUAAUCAUCGGUGCCGUGGACGGUAUAUAUGAGUUCCACGUCGACUCAUUCAGCAGGCGUGUCUUCCCCAACAUGGACAUGCGGUGAGAGAGACGGACGAGACGGUUCGCCUGCGCGUGUGUGAUCAACAAUGAAGGGCCCACGAACCUGCGCGGGUGCCUGCCUGGUGUAUUUUUCUCUUCCUCCCUGCGAAGGGGACCCGGGGGCAGAGCGGGAUGGACUGGGACCGUGCUACUCUUUUUUUUAUCAGGGAUGGGAGCUCUUGCAAACGAAACCUUUGGGGCUGCAUCGGCGUUGGGACGGGGUAAUGCUACCUACCAUCACGGCAUUUGGAAAUCCCUCGUGUCUAUAGGCGUUGUUCCUUUUUUUGGUUUUUUGUUUUUGUUUUUUGGUCUUACCUCUCUGGCUUCUUUUCAUCUGCUUUUCUUUACACCUAGGGCCUCACCUGCAUGUUAUCUCAACGUUCAGCUCAACACUGGCCAAGCUUCACCUCUCCUGCCCGUGGAGGGAACUGUCUUUGUUUUUUCUCCCCCCGUCCACCCCUCUUUUUAGGAGGGGGGCGGAGCUUCCUAAUCACGACCUCGGAUCGAAAGCAUCGGUUUGACAGAAAGAAAAGAAAAAGUUCGUUGUCGUUCAAUGUUGCUCUUUCUUGACUCGUUUGGUGCUUGUAUGCGUGUGCAUGUAUGGUACAUGCUCUUUCCUCAGGGGGGGCUCUUCCUGCUUCCGUCUCGUGUGCGUGUGUCACAAGAAUACUACUACCGCUCGGUCAGGUGCUGGAGACCACGUGCGGCUUAUAUAGGUCAGAUUGAUAUAAACGCCCUCGAGGGGCACAUUGGGCUUGAUGGCUUGCUUGCCCCUGCUAGACUGGACUUGAAGACACCGCCUCGUGGGGUUGUGGAAGGCAUCCAUGCUGUUAC